AUGCAGUUUGGCAGCAUGCCGCUUCCCCAUGGGGAUGGUGUGCCGAAUCAGGUGGCCGGACCUUGCACCAUGUCCGGGGCAUUGCCUGAACACAAAGGACAAGGGAAACGACGGCGCCGUCGUCGACAUCGCAGCCGUUCCAGGGAAAGGGAUGUCUUCGAACCCUACCACGCUUGCGCAGUUCCGCGUGCGUCGGCUUUGAUGGCAGAGCUGCCACAAACGGACCGGCCCAUGUCCACUGUCAUGCUGCGCAACAUACCUUGCAGGUAUACGCAAGGGUCCUUGAUGCAAGAAGUCGACCAGAUGGGCUUUGAAGGCUUUUACGACUUCUUUUAUCUCCCGAUGGACACUCGCAACAAAAACAGUGUUGGCUAUGCCUUCAUCAACUUUAAGGACUCCAUGGAUGCUGAGCGCUUCGUGGAGGUGUCCAUGUACUGCUGCUCGGAGCCGGAUAAGCGUGACGAGCUUCAGGUCUCGUGGGAAGCCCGUGAGCAUGCUUCCGACGAGGCGGCCGUGGGUCUCCCCGCCACAGCUCGAAAAGCGCACACCUUCAAGGUGGUCCUGAAGUACGACGGUCGAACGUUGGGCGCCGACCUUGAUGGCACCGACAUCGGGCGCGGUCUCAUGGUCAAGGCCAUCUUGGAAGAUGGCUUGCUGCCUGACUGGAAUCGAAGCAGUCCUGACAAGGGCCUCAAACCCUACGACAAGAUUUUCGAGGUCAAUGGAAAGGCAGGCUCCGUCGAGGAGCUCCAGGAGCGAAUUGUCGCCUCAGGCGAAGAGCUUACACUAUCAGUCCGGCGACCCGAGCAUCGAAAGAUUUCUUUGGAGCGGACUGCGAGCUUGGGGGUCAAAUUGCACUACAAGAAGUCCUCUAGGGGAGUCGUGAUCAACGAGAUCCUUCCAGAGGGCCUCUUGCAGGAGUGGAAUGAUGCACAUCCUUCUUUUCAGAUUGCAGCCGGGGACCGGAUCCUGGAAAUCGGAGGCGUGACGCAGGGAGCAGAGGACAUGACCAAAAGGUUGUCCACAGAUGACAAGCUGGACCUUACCAUCCUGCACUAUGACCAGGAGACGUCCUACCGCAAAUGA